AUGUCGGCGUCACAGUCAACGCCUCGUAAGCGAACCGCAGAUGAAAACUGGGUGUACUUCUGUGAGAAUGCUUGCCUCACCAGUUUCUCUGGUUGUGUUGACGAAGACUCGACGAUGACAGAACGAGAGAUCUCUGAAUACAUUUGGCACUCGAAUCCGGAACUUCAUGAGAAGCUGAACCGAGUUCGUCUCCCAAGUUCCUACUUGGCAUCUGAUGAGAUCGAGCACACAGCUGGUCGCCAAACUGUGCCGGCCGAGCGCAUCCUAUCAUCGUUUUUGGAUCAUGCAGGAAGAGCCGAGGGAACAAAGUUCCAUUCAGUGAACAAUGCUCAGUUGCCAUCUGGCGAGAACAGCGGCGAAGACCACGCUACGGAGUUCGUUUUAGAUCGAUACCGCUUCAACUUGCAUCAGCAUUCGGAUCCCGAGACAAUAUACUGCUGCUCCUAUCCUACCUGCCGAAAUCCCCUGAACGUGAUACCUCUUGGAGAAUGCUAUGGCAGCGUGACAGACGAAGCUUGGAACAAAAACAACAAUUUGCUUACAGAGUACCCAAGAAUGGUGUACUACUGUUUUGAUUGUCUUCAGGAAGUACUGAAACAGAAAUUCGAAGUCGAGAUGGUGCACCAGAAACUUCCGCAACUUGUUGAUGGCACCCGUGAUAGAGAGAUGGUGCUUGAGUCAGCAGAAAAGAUACACCCACUUCUCCAGGCCAAGGAACUGAAAUUCAUGUACUUUCCCGAAGAGCCGCCCCUGACCCCAGGAAAAGAUUCCAAUUCGAAGAAAGGCAAUCGUCUGCGCCGCCAGAAACAGUACGAGAUUGAACGAAUCCUGGAGGCGCUGACGGAGAAAUACCUCAGAAAGAGAGAAUACAUGAGAGGCGGCCAAGAUACGGACUCGAUAUCUUCGGAACUUCAGAUCCAGCCCCGACGUGAUGUGUCGCCUUUCCGAGAUAGAUAUAAGAAGCAAGGGCUCGAGUACUGUGAAUUACACAAUCAGUUCGGAUCAGGUGAAAUACUUGAAGAAAACGAAGCGGCCACAUCAAAGUUUGUCGGAGACUCCGGAGACGAGAGUGUAUUGAAUUGUUUCUGCAGAGAGCCACCAGAUGAGGAGGGGAUGAUUCGCUGUAGUGCGAUAACCUGCAUGUUUGGAGCUGUUCACCUGAGGUGCUCUGGUCUCAAAGAUGUGGCUACUAUACCCGAAGAGUUCAUUUGCAAAUACUGCAAAGGCCACGACGCUGCAUGUUCCGAGAAUGACUGUUCGGACGAUACAGUACAGAAGCGAGAUCUGGGCUGGUGGAAAAAGUGCUCGCCACUGGAUUGCAACUCCAUCAGAGAUGGGAUCACAUGGAAAAAUGGCAUGGACACCGAUAAUGAGUCAGAAGAACGUGACGAAGAUGCGGCGGCGGACCUGGGCCCCGUGGGUGAGCACCCUUCAGGAUUCAUCGCGGUCAACAGUCCGCCCCCGAGGGCAUGUGAUGAGAUAAACUGCACCUUGCAAUUCGCUUGCGAGAACCGCUUUGUUGGGAAAGGGGCAUCGUCAAAGGAAUGA